AUGGAAGUAAUGGAAGAAGGAAAUUUAAUGGAUAGAAUCCCUAUCCUUUUACAAAGAGAUCUUCAAUAUUAUCAAGAAAAACAAAACGUAUUACAAGAGAAAAUAUGCCCGGGUGUUGUUGGUGGUAAAUUAGACUUUCCGCGAUAUGCUUCAUUUGCUUCUAUCAAAAUUGUACUUUGGUGGGAAGAUGAAUAUCUUGCCGCAUAUAGAAAACAUUCUGGUUUGUUACACAAAAAUACUGAAUUUGAAGAAACUAAAACUGAACAUCAAGAUAUGGCAUCUGAUGUAAAAGGUUCUAAUCCAGAAAUGUUUGUUAGUUUAGUUACAAAAUCUGCCGAUAAAUUAUUAGAACAUUUACAUUGUCUCAGUCAAGAAUCAUUAGAUCAUGCUGAUUUAACUGUAUUGACGGCUACAAUUGGUGCUGCUGCUCUAAUUAAAAAUUGUUUAUGGGUAUAUUUACAAUCAGUUAGUACAACAAUAUGCCCACCAACUGUUGAGGAUGAAAAAGGCGGCUCAUUAAAAUUAAGUUAUAAACAAUAUUCUGAAAUGACAGAAGCAUUAGCAGAACGUUUGUUAGACUUACAUUGUCGUUUAUUAACUUUAUAUAUAAUGCAAGAUGCAGAAAGUUUGCAUUGGGAAAAUCAACAAACAUUUUUUGAAUCAGAACGCGGAAGUUAUACAAUACAAAUGUGGUGGUUGUAUAUUAAAGGAACAAGAGAAGAUUUAUGGAAUUCUGUUCCACCAAAAAUGGCUCAAAGGGUUUUCGCUGGCAUGUUAAAUGAAACUUUAACAGUGUUAACUGUACGUUACACACAGACAAUACCAAGUUUUGCUAGAUCACAACUUUUACUAUGUGACGUAACGAAUAUUCUAUUUUGUGUAUCCGAGUUAUUGGCUAGUAUUUCCGAGAAUGGUGAAGCUUACAUAGGACUUCAACUGGCAAACCAAAGUAAAAUAAUAAGAGAUAUACAUGCUAAAUGCCAGGAGCUUUUUGCUUGCUUACUACUAAGGGGAGCACCACUUGGAGUACUUUUUAAACUUUUCCGUAAAGGAACACGUAGUAUGGAUUUAUUUUCAUCACGUCAAGGUUUACCAAGUGGUUGGAUUGUAUUUACAUUACCAAGAUUAUUUCCAGUACAUCAAGCAGCAGCAGGUCAAUGGGUUUCAAGAUCUUUAGAUUUACCAACAAGUACAUGUAUUGCACUUGAAUUAAAAGUUCUUUUAGCAGCACCACAACCAAAUUGGUCACAUUUAUUAAAAGUACUUUUGAUGAGAGAUGCCACAAUUACAACAAUUGUAAUUCAUCAUUUAAUGAAAAAUUUACCAACAUCAGAUAAUUUUCAUUCAGCAUUGGAGCAAGGAUUCUUUAAUCAAAAUUUGGAUAGAAAAUGUGAAGCAUUUUUAUGUGCUGGUGAAUGUUUUUCAAGUUAUGAUAGUAAUAAAGAAAAAGAUCCAAUUGGGGAAGCCAAUUAUCAGGUGGUAUUAUCAUUGGUUUAUAUUAUUAUUGGAACUGGGAAAACAUCAGAUAUAAGUGCAUCUGUAAUAGCAGCAUUAGAAAAAGGUUCAAUGAAUAAUUGGUCAGAUUGUUUGGAUAAGAGACAGGUUUGGGAUCAAAAACGUCCACCAUGGCUAGAAGCAAUAUUACAUUUUGUUUAUCCAAUAUUAGAUUGUGUGGUACAAAUGUUGGUAAAUGCUGUACAAACUGGUGCUACUAUGUAUCAAGCAAUGAGCUUAGCAAUAACAUGUUUAUCGGAAAUGUGGGAUUGUAUACCAGAUGGUUUAUAUAAAAUAUGUAUGUUGUUGUCAGAAAUAGUACCUGUUGCAACAAAAUGUUUAGGUGAUUCUGUUCUUAUUCAAAUUUUGUUUGCUGCUCUUUAUACAAAACUUCUGGAAAUGGCAUUAAAUGAGGAGAAAAAUUCGAAUGAAGUCUCAGAAAGUCAUAAUAUUGAAUCACAAAAUCCAUCAAAAGCAUCAAUAUGUCAUUCAUUAUGUGAAGCAAUAUGUUCUUUAGAUGAAGAUAAUAAGCAUACAGAACAAUUAAAAUUAUUUUUAAAACAAAUAAAAGAAAGUAAAAAUGUUAAAUUUACUGUAUUGAAUAGAGCAAAUUAUAAUAUUGGUGGUGGUGGCGGUGCUGGUGGUGGUGAAGAACAAACUGGUCUAAGUGGUGUUAGUACAGUUAAAAUUGAAGAUUUAAAUGGUAUAGAUGAUGAUGAUGAAGAUGAUAAUCGUAAUGAUAAUAAUAUACAUGAUUCAUUAAGUAGUUCUUGUGUUGAUGAAUUUGAUGUUGAAAGUACUGAUUAUAUAGCAGAAUUACUUGUUAGUGAUAUAAUAACAUUGAAUACUGGAAAACAAUGCUUAAAGAUGUGCUUUAAUUAUUUAAAAAGUAAUAAAGAAUGGAUUUUACAACAACUUGGUGUUAGUUCUUUAGAAACGAAUGAAUUUCAACCAUUACCAGGACAAAAAAUUCAAGAAGAUGAACAGCCAUUAUUAAAAACAAUGUUUUAUAUUGGAUUAACGCCUUUUGAUCAGCUUUUAACUGGUGGAUUAAAAAUUGAUUAUGCACUUUGGCUUUCAAUGCCAAUGUCCUUGACACCAGAACGUGCUUGGAUUCAAAUAUCACAUCGUAGUGAAUUUCAAGAAAAUACAAAAUUACCAUUACAUGAUGCUGCAAUGGUAGCUGGUAUUACUUCAAAUUUAAAAUGUUAA